CAGUUAAAAAGGAAAGACAGAACCUUGUGUGUCUGAGAACCAGCCUCGUGUUCCUCUGCAAUCAAUGAGAGGAUGUCACCAGGAUACCGGGAUCUUAAAGGAUGUUCCUUCAGCAGAUGAAGAGAACCGCCCACGCUUGGCUUCCGACACGUCCACCCCGAUAGUGAUGUGAAGUAAGCUGUAGUGACAGAGUAACAAGAUUUCUGCGUUAUUAACGGAAAAACUGUUUGAAAAAGCUCUAGUUGAAGUUAUACGAGUUUUUAAGUGUUUUUAUGGUUCUAGUGAAAGAUUAACAAGAUUACUGCAUUAUUAACAGGACAAACACUCUUGAGAACACGGCUAAUCAUUUCUGUGGCCUUUGAAAACUGUCGAGGUGAGAAAGCAAAGCGUUUCAGAAUACGGACCUAUGCGCAGAAACAACAAGAUUACAGACACCAUAACAUUGUGAAGUGAGAGCGUGUAAGAAACAACGAAUGAAAGAAAGUUACAAACACGCCAUGCUUUUGUCGAGUUACGGAGAAAAAAAAAAAAAAAAAAAACGCUAUAUGUGAUGUGAUGGUGCUCUGCUGUCUCACGGUGCGUUGAAACAAGGAAAACACGACUCGAAACUUCCCGACAAGCCUUACAACACGUGAAGAUCAGUGAACAGAGGGCCGCCAUCUUGAAACUGCGACUCUAGAAAACCACCCGACAGUGCCAGAAAGUGACCUCGGCAGUGACCUCGGCAGUGACCUCGGCAGUGACCAACAGUGACCAACAGUGACCUAACCCAACCUGACCUCAAGUGACCUUGAUGAGGUCAGGGCGCCGUCAGAAGCUCCAGGGGUGUGCCAUGGGGGUGAGGGGCUGAGAGUGAAGGAAGAGGAGGAGGAGGAGGAGGGGGAGGAGGAGGAGGAGGAGGAGGAGGAGGAGGAGGAGGGAGAAGAAGGAGGAGGUGGAGGAGGAGGAGGAGGGGAAGGAAGACUAGAAGAUGAUCAGUAUGGCUGCCUGUUUGUUCCUUCUGCUGCUGCUGCUGCUGCUGCUGGCGACGCUGCACGGGUCAGUAGAGGCCAUCAGAAUAGUGGAGAUGCAAGUCCCGCCCAUCGUGGAGGUCGGGAAGACCGUACAUCUGGCCUGCCACUUCGACACGGAAGGCGCCAACCUCUACUCCCUCAACUGGUGGCGUGGGUCAGACCAGUUCUUCCAGUACAGCCCCUCCAGUGUUGACAGGAUUAUUGUAUACGACUCCCCCGGCAUUACUGUUGACAAGGAACUAUCGGGACGCGAGACCGUAGUACUUCGGAACAUCUCGCACGCCUCCGCCGGCCGCUUCAAGUGUGAGGUGCUUGCUGACUACCCGAGCUUCGAGAAACACUCAGAAACAACGAGUAUGAAGGUGAUAGACGUGCCCACGCGGGAGCCCAAGGUGUCACUGAAUCGCCUGCAGUGGUCCCCCGGGGAGGUCCUGAGGGCUAACUGCACUGCCCCACCCGUCAGGCCUCCCUCAGAUCUCCACUGGUACAUCAACGGCAAGAAGGUGUCCGAGCAGAAGGUGCGCACCAUGGUGACGAAGGAACGGCCGGAGAGCAGGAUGGGCGUGGAUGGCGGCGCGGGGGUGGCGGGGAGCGGGCGGCAGCAAGAGGUGCCGCUGGAGGAGGAGCAGCUGAGUCGCACCUCGCAGCUCACUCUGGCGCUCAAGGCAGAACACUUCACGGCGGGCGGCCAGGCCACUCUGUCCUGCGAGGCGACUUUCUCCGGAAUGUACAGCAGGGUGACCAAGAUGCACUUGGCCCUCCCAGGCUACAAGACGGCGGCGCCCUCACAGAAGCUGUUCGGCGGCGGGGCUCCCAUGGCUGCAGGCGGCGGCGUAGAGGGCGCCGCCCUUCUGCUGGGGGUGCUGCUGUUGCUGCAGGUGUUGUAGGGGGCGCUGCGUCGAGGCUCGCCGCGCCGCCGAGGAAGGCUGCGGGGCGGCCACGCUGUGUGUCGACGCCCGUUUUGAUAACAAAGUGAACCAUGCCGCGCCGCGCCGCGCGUGUGGAGACAGACAGCUGCCUGCGGACGUGGCGGCAGCAGGCAGGCCAGGCGCCAUGGCAGGCAGCUGGUGCAGGCCGUACAGCCUGUACAGCCUGGCCUGGGGCGGCCGCCUGUCCCGCAGCCGCGUGUACUGUAAAUAGUCACUCACCAUACGGAGUUUCGCUGCCUAUGGAUUGAAUUCAGGGUCCUAGCAUGUAAGGAACUACUAACAAACACACUAGCCUGGUAGAGUCUCUAUAUUGGCCCCAUGAAUGUACAGUACUUAUACCGAGGUCACCCCUCACCUCGCCACGUCACCCCGCCAUCCCCAUCACCCGUAGCUCAUCACUAUACUCAAUGGGACGUAACUGUAUCGUCGUAGCGCUAAGUCGAUGGGACGUAGAGCUUAAGAUGAAAGACUAAGUGUAGCUCCCCUGCUGAGCGCGGCGCGUGUGGGCGGCCACGCGGCGGGCGUCGCGAGGCCUCGCUCAUGCCUCCCUCACUAACGGGCGCCCCUCCUCCCUGACACCCCGCGUCUCACCGCCUCCUACCGCCACGGGGCAGCAGCAGCCCACCACCCUCGUCUGCCGCGGGGCGCCCCGUGUGGCCUGCCACUUGCUGGCAGCACCCCGCGCUGUGCCAGUGCCGCGUCAGAUGCCCCGUGGCGGGGUGCCCCGUGGCCUGUGCGGCAACAGGCGCGUCACGAGCCACGCCACGUGAGGGAGGAGCCACCCAGCGUCACACGCCCUGACUGGCAGCGCCCAGCGACGCCCCUCCCCCCAUGCAGCGCGUGUCGCCGCCCACACCCGCGCUCUCAGGUAAUCCUGGGCGGCUCCCGGGCGCUGACGCUCCGGGGAGCCUCUAGAGCCCACGCCCACACCCUGAGGGAGGGUCCCGCGCCCCGGGUGCCCACGCCCAUGCACUUCACUACCGCCCGUUACAAGCGUCUUCCUUCAAUAUCACAAACGUGUUUUUAUUUUUACGUAACAUUUUGACACAGAGCUUAGAGAGUGAGCCCAGCGUGGCGCGGCGGUAAGCCCCGGGCGACGGGACGCCCGCACGCCCGCCCCUCCCCCCGGCCAGCCGCCGCCCCGCCCAGGCCGGCCAGCCUGGCGCCGCGGCCGCACGCCGGGCGACGCUCAACCUGACGAUUCCCUCGAGUCCCUCCGCGCGAGGCGACGCGACCUGUGAUGCCGAAACACGGAGCCAGACCCGCCCCACCACGCCCCCACCCGCGUCCGCCCGCCCGCCCGCCUGCCUGCACACCGGCUGGCUGACCACCCUGUAUUUUGUAGCGAAGUGUGUGUGUGUGUGUGUGUGUGUGUGUGUGUGUGUGUGUGUGUGUGUGUGCAUGAGAGAGAGAGAGAGAGAGAGAGAGAGAGAGAGAGAGAGAGAGAGAGAGAGAGAGAGAGAGAGAGAGAGAGAGAGAGAGAGAGAGAGAGGAGCACCACUCAGCGGAGCAGCAGCAGCAGCACAGCAGUGCGUGGCGAGCCGUGCAGGGCGAGGCUGCGAGAUGGAGUGGGGGGCGCGGCGCCCUGCGCGCCCCUGGAGCAAAGCAGGAGCUGGGAGGCGGUGAAAUCAGCCUAGCGCCGCCACCACUACCACCACCACGCCCGGGGACACCAACCACACCUGGCGCCACACACACACACACACACACACACACACACACACACACACACACACACACACACAUGCCCACCCGGCCACGCCCUGCUGCAGAAUGCUUCUGGACGCGUCAUCAGAAGCAAGAUGACUGGAAGCAUGAGCACCACCUGGGGGCAGUGCCAAUGCAGUGCCAAAGCGGUGCCAAAGCGGUGCCAAAGCGGCGCCAAAGCAGUGCCAAAGCGGUGCCACGUGGAGGAAGGAGGGACAGAAGGUAGAGGGCCGCGUGAGGGAGGCGAGGCGGCGGCACUAUCCCAGCUGGCACCAGUGAGGGCGUGCCACUCACCAAGGGAGUGGCUAUGGCGGGCGCCGUGCCUCUCAAAGGGCGUGGUGGCAAGCAGGAGUCUCCCGCCCUCGCAGCCGCCAUGACACAGUGGAGUAGACGGUAGGGAAACACACACACACACACACACACACACACACACACACACACACACACACACACACACACACACACACACACACACACCGUAUUUUGUACAAACGCCAAAAUAAAGGCUGUUCGAGGGC